CGCCUGAGAAAGAGAAGCAGGGGGUCUGACUGGGCUGUGUUUUAGGCUUCAAUUCGGUCCGAUAUCUCAGACGAUCGCCAUCAUGAGCGGGCUUAGUUUAGUCAUGUCGAUCUUGCCCUUACCAUUAGAAAUGAUGCCAUUCUAUUACCUGUUCAGUCGACUGAGCAUGGUGGCCGUCGUCUGUCUCGUAUGUCACUGCUCGAUCAUCUGGUACGGCUACAACCAAGCCAUAGAGCAGAUGCCAAAGAAGACUGAAUCGGCAACCGAGGCCUAUAAAAAUCUGAUGAAACGCAAAUCAGAAAGACCAGACAUGUGGGCACAUACUCGCUCUCACCCUUCAGCUUUUCUCACUACUAGACUUGCUCCGCCUCGUAUUUUCCCAUUCCCACUUGGCAAGAGCCGGCCAGAAGCGACUGUCAGGGACGAGCUAUGGUGGGAAGGUGGCAAUGCCCCGCAUGUCGGACACUUCAACAGACCCAAAUUGCCUGAACCCGAGGCAUUGAAUGAAGACGUCGUGUGGGCGAGAGUCAAGGAGAACAUGGAGCGGGAGAAGCAGCAAAAGAUCUGGAAGAAGCGGAUUCGCACGAUUCAAUACUUGUGUGUAGUCAUCAUCGUGGCUUUCAUCAACUCCAAUGUUGCCAUCGCUGGUCUAUGCUACCUCAUCUACACGACUGUGUCUUCAGAGCUAGAGGACAUGCUGAAACCACCUCCAAACAUGGACAUAUACCACGAAUACAUUGACAGAAUUACGGCGCCGUUGAAGAACCAGGGCGCACCGAAACCUGGUAAAGAUCAGCCUGUAGGCGGUAUGAGCUACAUUUACGAUCCUACCGAGGCUCGCGGACUCAAACCGACCAAUACUGCCAUUCCGAUCAAUGUGGUUCCUCCGCAUGUGCUCAUGACAUCGGAGAAUCAUUUCUACGCUGGACCUGGAGAGCAGAUCAAGGAUCCAAAGAAGUAGUGUUGAUGAGCAAACGUCUCACGCAAGUAGUCAGCACGCCUAUGCAUGUAGAGCCGUUACAAUCUUCAUCAGACAAC